AUGGCUCAGCCGGACCUGCAGAGACCUUCAGGUCCUCACAGCACUGUGCAGAGCUUCAGUCUGACCGUCCUGCCUCCGGCCGUCCAUCGAUUCCUCUUCAGCCAAUCAGAAGAGUAUGUGGUGGCUCACCUGUUUCUCAGAGCGCUGUUUGGAGCAGUGAGUGGUACAGUCCUGUUCCUGGGUGUCGCUCACAGUCUCCGUCUGACCUUUGACCUGAAGCUGGCAGCAGGAUGUGUGUUUGUCGGUGUGUGUAUCAUGGGCGGGGCACUGUCCUCCUCCUUCAGGUGUUCAGUCCUCCUGAUGUUUCCCAGCAUGCUCGGGUCCCGUGGCCGGGCGUACCUGAUGCUGCUCCUCCUGUCUGUGCUCUACAGAGGACCAGUCGCUAACAUCCAGCGUAACGUGGAGGCGGCGGCUCUGUCCCUGAGCUGUAACCUGGACCUGCAGGUUCAUCACAGCAAGUUAGUGUGGAGGGACGCCGUCAGACCGUUUGUCCUCAUCACUCAGCAGCUCGUGGAUGAUAAAGCAGGGUUCGAGUCGGAGGCUCUGAGCGUCGGCAGGAAGUUCCAGACCAUCAGAGACGAAGUCGUCCUUCAGUACGGAUACGAGCGAUUCAGACAGGAACACGCUGAGUCUGGCAACAGCACACAGGACCGGUUCACUACAAAGACCAUGAUGCAGUGCCACAGUGUGGUGGACGAGGGUGUGCGGCGCUGCUCUGAUUGGUUCAGACUCAGGUGGGAGGAGUGUAUGGAGGCAAUACCUGUCCCCAUCAUCAACCACAUCCUCUGUGUUUCUAUGAAGUUCCACUUCCUGUGUGAUGUCAUGAGAGUGAUGACUCCGUGGUGCAGAGAGCAGGUUCCUGUGGAGGGAAACUUCGGUCAGCUGUUCGACCGCCUGAACCUUUCGGUCGACCUGUUGUCCAGAGAGUUCGGCGCCAAGCUCGUCCUCCAGGUGGGAACCUCACCCCAUCGCCUCUCCUCUGAGCAGCAGCAGCAGGUGGUGUUGGGUGGAGCCCUGAUGGAUCAGGAGCUGACUCAGUCUGUCAGAGGAUCUUUCCGGAAACUGACGGCAGCGAUGGAUCGGGUGCUGGACGUGGUGCAGCUGCUGCUGUCCCUCACCUUCGUCACCAUCUUCACUCAGGCGUUUGGUUACCUCAGACAGUACAGGAGGGACAUUCGAUUUGACAACGUCUACAUCACCACCUACUUCAGACGGAUUGACGCCCGCAGGAGAAGAGCGGGGAAACGCUGUCUGCUGCCACUGAAGCGGACAGAGACUGAGCUCAUCGACCCUCAGAGUCUGAAAAUCCACCCAGAGGAGCUGAGACAGGCGAUCUCAGGUGUGUUCCAGGUGUUGCUGGUCUCUCUGCUGUGUGUCGUCCUGCUGACCGUGGACUUCUCUCUGUUCCACGUCCUGGACAUCGUCAGCAGACACAGCUUCACCCAGUUCAACCUGAGCAGUAGUCACCAGGUGGACAUCAGAGUGGGCGGGACGUCCAUGAUGGCCCACCUCCUGAGGAAGACGAUUUCAGCCUUCAACAGCUCGUCCAGCCUCAACAUCCACACUGACAACCAGGGUUGCGUGUCUCCCCCCUCCUCCCUCUCAGCAGGUGUGUAUGUGAGCUGUGUGUGUUGUGUCCUGUUGGUGGUGCUCUUCAGCUGCCUUCAGGUGUACACCAACCGCCUCCGACGGGUCAUCGCCGCCUUCUACCACCCACAGAGGGAGAAGAAGCGAGUUUUGUUCCUCUACAACCUGCAGAUCCAGAGACGGAUUUCCUCUGUGGACGACAAACGCAUCACCAGGCUUGGACGGAGGAUGAGGACGGUGCUUCAGCGUCUGAGCAGGUGGGGACGUCAUCUGUGUCGUGAUCGCAGACAGAAAGAGUCUGACUCAGAGCAGCCGCGCUACGACCGCGGGUAG